GUCAUUUGAAACAGAAUGGACAGCGAGCAAAAGGUCAAAGCUCUUGUUGCUUGUUGCAUAUAUUCAGGGCCACAACUGACAACAGAGCCUUAGGAAAAUCAUAAUAUUAAAUAUGGCAAAAUGUUUGGUCAAGAUCCGGACUCAACGAAGCCUCCACUUGCACAUGAUGAAUCAUUGCAGCAGUAACGUGUUUGUCCGUCUGCUAAAACAUGGCUCCAAGGUCAUACCUCGAAAUGCUGGUGCUCCACUGCCUAAAGUGGAUGUUUCUGAACCCUUGAUUGCCAAAUCAGAAGAGAAUGGAACUCAGUGGGCAGAUCCUCUGAGUGAAGAGGAAGACAGAGUAGAAGAAGACCCCUUGACCAUCUCUGAACUAGCAUACAAUCCCAGUGCCAGACUGUUCCAUACGCCAGUGGAUGACGAUGAAAUCGAUGUGCUCUUUGACUGUUCAUCUAUGCUCAAGUUAGAAAGAGAAGAUACAGAUUCCUUUGAGGAACUGGAAGUAGAUGAAAAUGCCUUUUUGAUGGCUGAAGAGGAGGAGCUGAAGGAAACUCGUAAGGCUAUGUCAUGGAGUUACUCCAUCCUGACCGGCCGUAUAUGGGUCAACCCUAUAGUCAAGAGUUGCACCAGGCUCCUUGUGGUGGGCCUGGGACUGCUGCUGUUUGUAUUUCCCCUGAUCCUCCUCCUUUUGGAGUCAGGUAUUGAUCUCUCUUUCUUAUGCAAAAACAAGAAUUUGAGCAGUUUCACUAUGAAUACUACUGUCCCCUGAAGGAGUGGUGUCUCGGAAUGCCAACAUCUUUGGAUACUUACUGAGAUUCCCUGAUAAGAAUAAAGGUUAUAUUCAAUAUUAAUAUUAUUUAUUUUCAGCAGAUUCCAUGUUCCACAUGGUCAUUGGUUUGUAUGUCAAACCUUUAAGUUGGCUUUCUGUACUUCUAUAUCCUU